AUUUUGUGUUUUGUGCCAUCGUGGCUGAAAAGUACUAGAGUGGAGAGAGCAGAUAUUCUUCGACUUUCAUUGAUAUUUUUGGUCCUCUGCAAGGUGCCAGCUAAUCAAAAUAAUUAUUAGUUGAUAUUUAUAUCCAAGAAUAAAAAUUUUACUGAAAUAUAGUUUCAGAAAUAUGGACCAAGUCACAAAAUUCAUUGAACCUGGAAAACAGUUCGCCAAAGACUCCAUCAGAUUAGUUAAAAGGUGUACUAAACCCGAUAGGCGAGAGUUCCAAAAAAUUGCAAUUGCUACAGCCAUUGGUUUCUGCAUCAUGGGUUUCAUUGGUUUUUUCGUGAAACUAAUCCACAUACCCAUCAACAACAUCAUUGUCGGUUCAUAAGUUUUCAUAAUUAUUUAUAUACAUGAUUCAUCAACGAUCAUACUUCAUGUUAAUUGUUUAGGAAUAAAUUAUGUACUAUGUUUCAUAGUUUUGUAUUUAUGGUUUUUUAUUUUCAUACAUCAUAUUGGAGUUAAUAAAAAGGAGAUUAUUUUGUGAA